AUAUUUGUUGACAAAAUUGUGUUUACAUUUCAAAUGUUUUGGAUUUUAAGACAAAAUUUUUUGUUGAAAUUAUGUUUGAAAUGAUUUAAUAACAAGACAUGAAUCAAAGUAAUGAUAAUAUAAGACAUACAAGACUUGGAAGACAUAAAACACAAGACAUGAGUGUCACGAUUGAUGUGAACGACGUGUUUGAAGAAGUGGUUAAACAAAAUGAAAGACUUGUCAAAGAAAUUGAAUUUUAUGAAGAAGUGGUCAACGAUUUGGUGAUAAAUGUGAAGAAAUGUAUUGUUUGUCAACAAAAUGAUGUCAUAAAAGACAGAAUCAGUAAAUUAGAGACACAUUUGAAGAGUAAGACAACCGAUAACUCAACUGAUUUUAAGAGUGAAUACAAUGACUGCGAUAACAAUUUGAAAACAAAUCUGAAGACAAAAAGGUUUGAAAAAUCAAACAAAAGUUGUGUUAAAGAUGUUACAGACUCUUAUAAUUAUAAAUCAUGUGAAACAAGUGAUGACAAAAAGUCUAGUAAAAGUUGUACAACAAAUGUAAAGACAUUGAAUAAAAAUUUAAAGAUUGCAUUCAAAAGAAAUGAAAAAAUCAUUUUAAGAGAUGUCGAUGAAGUAACAGAUGGUAACAGCAAUAGACAGACAGAUAGAAGUGGAAAACGCAUGAAAUCAUACAGUGAUGAGUAUGCAAAACAAAGACUAGAAUUAAGAGAUGACACACUUAGCAAUGAUGGUAGCUAUCAGUGCCAGACAUGUGAUAAUAAAUAUAUUAAAUUUGAAGACUUGGAGGCACACGUCAACAAACAACAUCUUAACAUUAAGCCAUACAAGUGUCACAUUUGUGGCGACCAUUUGGUCGGUUAUAAUGCUUUAAGACGACAUAAGAGUCAAAAACAUUAUACUGUUGGCGAAGGUAUGGAUCAGUUAAGUGAUCGACGAAAAUCUCAAAUCGCCGAAACUUUAUCAAAAUUUCAAUGUAAAUAUUGUCAAAAGUUUAUACAUUGCGAGUUAGAUCUUAAGCGACACGUGUCGCGCGUCCAUAAAAACCUUAAACCGACUAAAAAGUUUGCGUGCGAUAUGUGUGACAAAUCCUAUAGUAAUAGGGGUUCUCUUGUCAUACAUAAGCGUUUACUUCACGGCAUUGGACCGAAGUUACCGUAUUAUUAUUGCGAUUGGGAGGGCUGUCAGUAUAAAUCACCAUAUAUUACAUUAGUCACAGUCCAUAAGAAAACCCAUUUAGGUAUCCGUGACUUUGUAUGUGAUUGGCCCGGAUGUGAGUUUCGGUCGGUAACCAAAGCUACUUUGAAUACACACCAAUUAGUUCACAGCGAUAAAUAUGACUACCGGUGCCAAUGGCCUGGCUGUGAGUUUCGUACUAAACAAGAGAGAGGAGUAAAGAGACAUAUGAAGAGUGUUCACGAAGACAUACCCCGAACACUGUCGUGUCAUUGGCCCGGAUGUGACAAAAUGUUUAGAUUUAAUAAUGAUUUGAAAAUCCAUUUGAAACUACAUAACGUUCCACACCUGCCCUGUCCUCAGUGUAACAAAAAGUUUACGACUAAAAAGUAUUUGGUUAGUCAUAUGCAAACACACACGGGUUGGAUACGAGUCAAGUGUCCGGUAAAGGGAUGUAAUACACAGAUAUCAAACAAAACUAAUGUCAGACAUCAUUUGAGAGUACAUCACAAGGACUGGACCGGCAAUUAG